AGCGCGCAGCACUCGAGGCGCUCGUCGAUCCAGGCAGCCAUGGCGGCCCAGCCUCCGUAGAGCCUCGCCCGGGCGCCGGCCGGCCAGGGGACCCCUGUCCGCGGGGCGCGCCCGCGGGAUGGAUCCGCAGGCCUGCCUGGAGAUCCUGACGCAGGCCGCGUCGCAGGCCGCCAAGGAUCACCAAGGAGAGGCGGCGCUCGGGGGCCUCUGCUGCGCCGCCGCCGGCGCCCGCGCGGCGGGCCUCGCGGUGGGCGAGGGCCCGGGUCUGCGGCCCGUGUUCCCGAGCGACGUGGGCUUUGCGGCCGAGGAGGACGAGGUGAAGCCGAAGAAGUUCUGCCCGCCUUGCGGCGAGCCGCUGCCGGGGGAGCGGACGCGCGUCAACGACACCGAGGCCACGGUGGGCGGCGGCCAGGUGAUCGACCUGGCCACGGGGACCAACGAGACGAUCGAGAGCGAGCUGACCGAGGUGGGGCUGCUGGGCCGCUUCCCCGCCCUCGCGGGCGAGCCGGAUCUCGGGGGCAGGCCGCCAGAUCUCGCGGCGGGUCCCGCCAGCCUGGUGGCCUCGGUGGUGAGGCUCCACGGGGCGAGAGUGGUCGUGCACAAGGCGUACGACGCGGCGUUCCAGCACCUGCUUACCAGCAAGGCUGGGGGCCAGCACGCCCUCCAGCGCAUGUACCCGUUCGUGGUGUCCUGCGCCACCGCGCGCUUCAAGGUUCAGCCCUGGCGGCAGAGGCGCUCUCCGAGGGCGUCAGGGCCGCGGCGGCCGCGCUGGAGGAGGCGGCCGCGGCGCCGGGCGCGGAGGAGGCCGUGGCCGAGGCGGCCGCGCUGGUGCGCCGGCUGCAGGGCCUCGAGGCGGCGAGGCUACAGCUGGUGGCCGCGCACCACGUGGAGCAGAGCAGGCUGAAGGCCCGGCCAGGCGGCGACGAGGGGCCGUGCCGGGACAUCCGGCAGCGGCUGGGCGCCGCCGCCGAGGCCAUCGAGGAGGCCGUGAGCGAGCUGCGGUACUGCGCCGCGGACCUCGGCGCGUGAGCGCGCCGUUCCCCGGCUGCCGGGGGGGG